CGAGUUCAAAGACCGACGAAUCCCUUGUUCGUCCCGGCGCCUGCGAUUUCGUCGCUGUUAGGGUGACGCUGAUUGGCAGAUGCAGAGGUUACAGUCGUUGCAGCACGUCCUCAGGGCCAAACUCGCUUAUUUUCAUAAAACUCUCCCGCAGACGAGGAAAAGUGUGUUACUUAGACCCGCAUACACCUUUCAAGCGGUCGGGCGUCACAAUAGAAUUCGUUUCAUGUCAUCCUUAGAAGGUGCUCUCGACCCUCCUGCAAAGAAAGUCAAGAUGAACGACGAGCGCAAGAUUAUAGGCACCCACAAUGGCACAUUCCACUGUGAUGAAGCCUUGGCGGUGUUCCUGCUCAAGAGGACAAAAACAUACGGCAAUGCAGACCUCACGCGCACGAGAGACACAGCGAUUCUCGACACGUGCUCAAUCGUAGUAGACGUCGGUGGGGUCUAUGACGAGAGUACACAGCGAUUCGAUCACCAUCAACGCGGGUUCGUGGAGGUGUUUGGCCAUGGCUUCAACACCAAAUUGUCUUCAGCCGGUCUUGUCUACAAACACUUCGGCAAGGAAGUUAUUGCUAACAGACUCCAGACCACGGUGAAGGAUGAGAGGGUGGAAACACUCUGGCUCAAGCUGUACAAGGAGUUCAUCGAAGCCGUUGACGGCAAUGACAAUGGCGUCUCACAGUAUCCAACAGAUCUCAAGCCACGAUAUCGCGUAAGGACCGACAUCUCAAGUCGGGUCAGUUUCCUGAACCCAGCGUGGAACGAACCUGUCAACGCGCAGGCGGUCGAUGCUCGAUUCCUUGAGGCAUCCUCGCUCGUCGGAGAGGAGUUCCUGUCCAGACUUGACUACUAUGCCAAUGCGUGGCUACCUGCUCGCAGACUAGUUGCAGAGGCUCUCAAUCGGAAACAGGAGGCCGAUUCUUCCGGCAAGAUUACUGUCUUCGAGCAGUUCGUGCCGUGGAAAGAGCAUCUCUUCGACUUGGAAGCGGAAAUGCAGAUCUCGUCAGAGUCUCAGCCUAUAUAUGUCCUGUACCCGGAUGAGACUAGCAAGAAUUGGCGCGUGCAAGCUGUCCCAACCGCUCCUGAUAGCUUUGAAAGCCGGAAAGCAUUGCCGGAAGCAUGGAGAGGACUCCGGGACGAUGUUCUAUCAAGCAUGAGCGGCAUCGAGGGUGGCAUCUUUGUCCAUGCCAGUGGUUUUAUUGGCGGAAACAAAACAAAAGAGGGUGCAUUGCAGAUGGCGAAACUCGCUCUCACUAUGUGAUGCGUAUGGGUCGAGUGUAUCGGAGGGUGUUCCCACCCCAUUGUGCAUCCCAUUUCAUGAUUCUGUAGCGGUCAACUGGCAGAUGUAAUUGUAGCACUCUAUGUACAUUGCCUCUCUUGGCCGGCGCUUCUUCAUCUUGACCAGCACCAGCACUUUAUCGUCUUAAGCCUGCAUUCUACGACAUGUCCGGAGCGCCAUUGAGGGUUCUUCUGACUGCAAGUACAUCGGAGUCCUCGCUAUAAAUAGCUGUGAUGUCUUACUGUCUCGCGUCUCAAGAAUGAUGACGGCCCUCCUGGUCCUGACUCGCCA